AUGGCAUUUUCUUCCUCUUUUGCGAGUAAUUCACAGGACCGUGCUCGAUGGAAGUAUGAUGUCUUUCUUAGUUUUAGUGGUUACGACACACGGAGAACAUUUACAAGUCACUUGCAUGAAGGUUUGAAAAAUAGGGGAAUAUUCACUUUUCUAGAUGAACGGGUAGAUCAUGGAAAUUCCAUCUCAGAAGAACUCGUGAAAGGUAUAGAAGAGUCUCAAGUUGCAGUAAUUGUUUUCUCAAAAAAUUAUGCAAAGUCAAGGUUGUGCUUGAAUGAACUAGUAAAGAUUAUGAAAUGCAAGGUUGAAAAUGGACAAAUAGUCAUACCAGUCUUCUACGAUGUGAAUCCAUCAUAUGUUCGACGCCAAAUUGGGAGCUUUGCAAAAGCAUUUGCCAAGCACGAAUGUAGGUAUAUGGAUGAUGUUGAGGGGAUGCAAAAGGUGCAAGGAUGGAGAACUGCCCUAGCUGCUGCCACAGAUCUAAGAGGAUAUGAAAUCUAUGACAGGACUGAAUCAGAAUGUAUUCGAGAACUUGUUGACGAUGUUUCUUCCAAAUUAUGCAAGACUUCUUCAUCUUAUUUGCAAGAUAUUGUGGGAAUAGAUACUCAUUUGGAGAAAGUAAAAUCCCUGCUAGAGAUGGAAACUAAUGAUGUUCGCAUUGUGGGGAUCUGGGGAAUGGGGGGAGUCGGUAAAACGACUAUAGCUAGAGUUGUUUUUGAUACACUCUCACCUCAAUUUCAGGGUGCAAGUUUCCUUGCAGAUUUUUUAUUGUCCUUUUGCAAGUUGGGUGAGCUUUUCCCAAUUUUGUUGGAAUUCGUCAACUUCAUGCACAAUUGUUAG